AUGGACAAAACUGCAACCAUCGGGUCGCUCACCAGCGCAGCCAUCUUCAGUACCGGCGUCGUAAUAGCCAUCGCCAACUCAAUCAGGAUCAAAACCGCUGAAGGCGCACCGUGGUGGCGCUUCUGGAGUCUAAUCCCACACGGUAUAUACGGCGGUUUUGCUAUACAAGCAGCAUUUCACACGAGAUAUGAUAGCAAUGGAAUGCAAUCGAAGCUUGGGCCGAUAUUCGUGAGCCAGAGUAUACAUGGGAUGGCGGGCAUCCUUCUAUUACCAUGGACACUAGCCGUGAAAGCUUUGUGCAAGAAACUGAAAAACAACACCGCCUGGCCGCAUUCAUUGGAAUGGGGAGCCAAACAACGCAGCAGUGGCUUCCUUUACAUCUUUCUCAUUGAUGCCAGUUUUCUGGCGUGUAUACUCGCUGCGAUUAUUUACGGCACAUAUUUUACACCAUGGACAUUUAAUACUUGUUCUUUGUACAUGGCGUAUGAUCAGUGGCCGCCGGUUAUCAGCGAUGCCAGCUUCCAAGAUCAGUGUCGAAGAGGGACGGCGAUACAACGCAUUAUUAGCCUGCAACACCGUCCUCAUAGUCCCCCUAAUUUCCAUGCCCAGCCCGCUCCGAGUCCCAAUCUUCUUCCUCUCUCGGGCCGUAAUGCUACGCAGAAGGGCUCCCAAACAGCGAGACUACUGGUACGACCUGGAGAAAAUGCCCCUCCGAGAAAAGGAGGACCACGAGCCCUCUGUACUACAACAUCUACUGCCAUCAGACCGCAUCGCCAGAGUCUUGUACACCCACUUACACGUCGAUGA